UGACAAUUCAUGUCAGAUACUUCAAAUGAAUUUUGUUUAUUAUUGCACACCAAUUGUAAAAAUUGUGUCCGUGGACCAUGACUUUAUUUGAUGAGUUUAUUCAACAUAAUGAAGAUAAAGACGGAAUCAGAUUUUCCUGGAACGUUUGGCCUAGUAACAGUAAUGGAGGGUCUAAUUUGGUGGUACCCAUAGGUUGCUUGUACAAGCUUCUGAAAGAACGAAGUGAUCUACCAUCCAUUCACUACGAUCCCGUUUUGUGUACAAGAACAAGCUGCAGGGCCAUUUUGAAUCACAUGUGUCAAGUGGAUUACAGGUCGAAGAUGUGGGUAUGCAAUUUUUGUUUCCAUAGAAAUUCCUUUCCGCCACAAUAUGUAGCCAUAUCGGAACAACAUCAACCUGCCGAAAUUAUGCCCAGGUUUUCCACUAUUGAGUAUACAAUUACCAGAGCACAAAUUAUGCCUCCAAUUUUCUUACUGGUUGUGGAUGCUUGUUUGGAACAAGAUGAGUUUACCGUUCUAAAGGACUUACUGCAAAUGUUUCUUAUUUUACUACCACCUAAGGCUUUAAUUGGUUUGAUUACUUUCGGGAAGAUGGUGCAGAUUCAUGAACUUGGCAACGAACGAUGCAGUAAAUCUUACGUAUUCCGUGGUACAAAAGAUUUGACAUCCAAGGAAAUACAUUCAUUGUUGGGGAUGGGUAACAUAACUCAGCAUUGUCAAGAACCAAGACAAAGAUUUUUCCAACCAAUAUCAAUGUGUGAUAUGAGUUUCAACACUUUAAUUGAUGAGUUGCAAAAAGAUCCAUGGCCGGUUUCACCUGAGAGUAGACCUUUGAGGUCUACUGGUACUGCUCUAUCUAUUGCAAUCAACCUGUUGGAAUGCACUUAUUCUAAUACUGGUGCUAGAGUUAUGUUAUUCUGUGGAGGACCAUGCACACACGGACCAGGUCAGGUUGUGAAUGACGAACAUAAAUAUACAAUUAGGUCACAUAAUGAUAUACAAAGAAAUAAUGCCAAGUAUGUAAAAAAAGCAAUGAAAUAUUACGAAAAUUUAGCAAUAAAAGCUGCACAUAACGGUCACUGUAUUGACAUUUAUUCGUGUGCUUUAGAUCAGACAGGACUUAUGGAAAUGAAAGAAUGUUGCAACUACACUGGUGGCCACAUGGUAAUGAAUGAUUCCUUCACUUCUUCCUUAUUCAAACAAACAUUCCAAAGGGUAUUUGUCAAAAACCACAAUAAUCACCUCAAUAUGGGUUUUAAUGCUUCACUGGAAGUAAAAUGUUCAAGGGAAUUAAAAGUUCAAGGAAUUAUCGGUCCAUGCGUGUCUUUAAAUGUAAGCGGUCCUUCAGUAUCUUAUAAAGUAGUAGGAGUAGGUAAUACAAUUCAAUGGAAAAUGUCUGCAAUAUCCCCCAAUUCGACUAUGGCUGUCUUCUUUGAAAUAGUGGAUCCGCAUUCAAUUCCGAGUUCGGAAGGUGGCAGAGGAUGUAUCCAGUUCGUAACACAAUAUCAAAAUGGCGAUGGUGAAAAGAAGAUACGAGUGACGACUGUGGCAAGAAAUUUCACUGAUUACAAUGCUAAUAUCUAUCAGAUAAGUACCGGAUUCGAUCAAGAAGCCGCCGCCGUUUUAAUGGCAAGAAUGGCAAUAUUCACAUCCGAAUAUGAUGAUCCUGCUAAUGUACUCUUGUGGCUGGAUCGAAUGUUAAUACGCUUGUGUGAAAAAUUCGGCGACUACAUAAAAGACGACCCAAACUCGUUUCAAAUGAGGGAGAAUUUCAGUUUGUAUCCUCAGUUCAUGUAUCAUCUUCGUCGUUCGCAGUUUUUGAGAGUAUUUAACAAUUCUCCUGACGAGACGUCCUAUUAUAGACACAUUUUAUUGCGCGAAGAUGUUACUAACUCGUUGAUUAUGAUCCAGCCUAUUUUGUAUAGUUACAGCUUCAGUGGUCCCCCGGAGCCCGUGCUUCUAGACACCAGUUCUAUUCAACCAGACAAGAUUCUGCUCAUGGACACAUUUUUUCAAAUAGUUAUCUUCCACGGGGAGACUAUUGAUAACUGGCGUAAACUGCAGUAUCAGGAUAUGCCGCAGUAUGAGAAUUUUAGACAGUUACUCCAAGCCCCGGUGGAUGAUGUCCAGGAGACUCUCCAGUCAAGAUUUCCGAUGCCGAGAUAUAUUGAUACAGAACAGGGAGGUUCUCAGGCACGAUUUCUAUUGUCUAAAGUCAAUCCCAGUCACAGUUAUAACACAUCAUGUCCGUGGAAUGCUGGAGCUACAGUAUUAACUGACGAUGUUUCUUUACAAGUUUUCAUGGAACAUUUAAGAAAAAUAGUAGUGGCGUCGUCUGUCUAAAAAUUUAGUUAAGUUUAAUGUUUUGUUUUAAUUUCAAUAAAGAUUUUUUACUGUUCAAA